UUUAGUCGACUAAAUGAGCUGCAUGAUUAUAGUAAUGUUAGAGCUGCGCCAGUUGCCCUCAGUUUGAAUUUAGCAUUAUGUUAAUGCAUCGUUUCAAUGAUACUUUUUAACGAUACCUAAAGGGUGAUAAAAUAAGUGAUAAACAUUUGUGUCAGCUAAAAAAAUGAGUAACAGUGAGUGAUACAACUGAUACAUAUCUUUUCGUAGGCUAAUGGUCAAAUCAAACAGUUUGCCAAAUAACUAGGGGUCUAUAUGUAUUAAGUCAAUUAUCUUAUUUUAGAUUGAGAUACUGAUUUUUUUUCCGGAAUAUCUGAGGUGAAACUGCAACAAAGCGCAUCUUGGCUGGAGUACUUCAAAAUCGCCGUUCUGGAAUAUUGGCGGUAAAAUUGCAACAAAGCGCAUCUUGGCCGCAGUAUUUCAUAAUCGCCGUUCCUGUUUCAUUUUUCGUAAAAGGAGACUGAGCCGACAUCAUAGCAUGAAAUUUUCACAAAUUUUACUUCACAUAGAGAAACAAAAUCACAAAACAUUUUCAGGAAAUCCCGUUUAGUAUUUUUUCAUGUAGAAAAUGCAGUAUGACAGGCGGCCUGCAACACCGCAAACCAAGAUUGGCAUCACUGCAGUUUCUGCAGUCAUCGAUAUGCAAUUAAAAAUUAUCAAGUUAUAGGCCGUUCCAAAAUGGAUAGACUUGAGCACCCAUUUGAGGAAUGGUGCUAUUCUCUUUUGUUCCUCCUCUUGACGAUCGCUUAUUUUCAAGAGAAUUUGGCGCAAAAAAUGUCAACUCCUGGGCCGACUUGGGGUCCAACCGUUGACCCCAAUAGCCGCGUUUAUAGCCCCAUUAGAUCUGCAGAGGAAAUCGAGGAAUCACUCAGACACCACAUGCUUCUACCAUUUAUUAUCAGCUACGCUCCGAAACAAAUGUUAUGGAUGGAGUUCAUAGAUGGUUUUGUUGCGGAUAUUGGUAAUGAUUUAAGCGGGCGGGAUGUUCUUUAUCCUCCGUGGCUUGUGAAAUGGCCUUUCAAGAAUGAUUCGUAUUACGCCAUUUUAGGAACAGGUCCCGACACACUUGUCAAUGGGUUACGAAUAAGGAAAGAAUUCAUGCACUGGUUAGUAGUUAAUAUUCCAGGAAAGCACGUUGCUGGUGGCAGGGCUAUUUUGCACGGAGAGACAAUGGCAGACUACAUAGGGCCCACUCCGCCGGAAGGGAGAGCCCAACUGACCCUCUUCGGCAAUUCAUUUCUGAGGAGUUCGCUAGGAAGAUGCAUUUUGGAAAAGCGACAGCGACGAAUUUCUUUUGUGUUUGAAAUUGGUACGAAUUCUAACGGUGGAAUCAUACAAGGACUAUGCUCGAGAAAUUUAAUUACUUCUAUACUUAGCCAUGGCUGCAACAAGGAAGCUGCAAGGUGAAGUCGAUAAGUGUCUGGAAAAGGUUACAGAAGGAGUUGAAACUUUUGAAGACAUCUGACAAAAAGUGCACAAUGCGACGAACGGCAAUCAAAAA